AUGUUUGAUCUUGCCGGAAUUGCGGUAGUUACGGGAGCAGGAAGUGGCAUUGGCCUUGAGUGUGCUCUUGGCUUUGCGGCAGCAGGUGCUGCGGGUGUAGUGUUUGCUGACCUAGAGCUAUCCGUCGUUCAGGAGAAAGCUGAGAAAAGCAAAAGUAUAGCAACAAACCCUUCUUAUAUACCCUUGCCAAUUGCUGUGGAUGUGACCGACCCAAAAAAAGUCGAGAAUAUGGCUUCCCAGACCCUCGCAACCUUCACUAGGAUUGACUACAAUGUAAAUUGUGCUGGGGUGGCUAUGCACAAACCAACACAUUUCAUGAACCUGACUGUUGAUGAAUGGGAGAGAGUCAACCGGGUAAAUGUGCAAGGUGUUCUCCAUUGCAUGCAAGCGAUUGGGAGAGUAAUGCGGGCUCAGGACCAGGUUACAUUCUCUGGCUUGCAUGGGACGCGAACUGGACAACGAGGCUCCAUCGUCAACUUGGGAUCUAUUCAUUCAUCCCAAUCGGCCCCUGGGACGGCUCACUAUACAGCUUCCAAACAUGCCGUGAUAGGAUUGACGAAGACUUGCGCCUUAGAUUUCGCCAGAGAAGGGAUUCGUGUUAAUGCUGUAUGUCCGUCAUGGGUUAAUACACCGAUGAUUAACAGUAACGAAGUUCUUGCAGAAGUCCACCACGUUGUCGGAAAUAUCGUGCCUUUGGGGCGCAUCGCAGAACCGGAAGAGGUUGCCGAUGUUGUUCUGUUCCUCUGUAGUACCAGAGCCAGCUAUGUUACGGGUGCUGCUUGGAUGGUGGAUGGAGGUUUCUCUUGCGCCACAGUUUUGUAG